UUCGUGGCCCACCCCAACUGCCAGCAACAGCUGCUGACGAUCUGGUAUGAGAACCUGUCUGGCCUGAGGGAGCAGACUAUCGCUGUGAAGUGCCUGGUGGUGGUGGCUGUGGCCCUGGGUCUGCCCAUGCUGGCUGUGGGUUACUGGUUCGCCCCUUGCAGUCGGGUAAGAGUACCACGUCCACUGACAUACCCACUGAGUGUCGCUUACCAGCCUGAAACACUUUGGUCAGAAUUCCAAUGUAGUUGUAGUCAGAGAAAUGUUGAUGGAGUCUGUUUGUUUAUAAACUGCACAAAUGCUUGUAUGUACGUGCACGCUGAGAUGUUGAACUGUUGCACCCUCUAUAACCACUCUGGUUAUUAUUUGACCCUGCUGGUCAUCUAUGAACGUUUGAACAUCUUGAAGAAUGAUCUGGCCUUGUAGCUGAAAUGUACAAUAGGUACAUGUGUUAUUGUUUUUGUUUUGAGAAAAUGAGCAUGGUGGAGAAAAAACCACAGUACAUACUCUGCUGUUCCAUCGUGCGUGAAAUGAUGUACAAUGAUGUCAGAGGUGUUCGUUGUUUGCCGUAACGUCUUUGUUGUAAUAUCGCAAACGGACGUGGCAGUUUCACCGCUAUAAUCUCCACCCGACACAGCCAGAAGAGGACUGGCCACCCCUCAGAGCCUGGUUCCUCUAGGUUUCUUCCUAGGUUCCUGCCUUUCUAGGGAGUUUUCCCUAACCACUGCCUCUGCACAGUGCUCUUUGGGGGUUUAGGCUGGGUAUCUGUAUUGCACUUUGUGACAACUGCUGAUGUAAAAAGGGCUUUAUAAAAUAAAUGUGUUUGAUGUUAAUUUGAUUGAUUGAUGAUUGUUUUGCAAUGUGACAAGUAAUAUCUGCCAAGAGAGUAUAGAUAGAAGUCUGGCAUGUGAGUCUACCCACCGCCAUCAUUCCUGCCACUCAAAACCUCUCAGGUAGAUCAACUGGAGCAUAACCAGGCUGUAGAUUUCAAAGUGAAAUACGGAGGCUGUGUUGGGACAAAAUUAACCAGUUGUGUUCCCUUUCAGUUAUCUCAACUCAAACCAGAGCAUAUGACGAGUAUUGUUUCUAGCCCAUAGAAUUACAUAUAAAAUAGUAAUUAUAUAUGUGUCCAUUACUCAAACUUCCUCUUGAAGUAAAACAGAUAUUUACAGUCACCUGUGAUUAAAGUAAAUAAGUCUAGGAGUGUGAGGGUAAAUAAGUAUAGGAGUGUGAGGGUAAAAAAGUAUAGGAGUGUGAGGAUAAGUAGUCUAGGAGUGUGAGGGUAAAUAGUCUAGGAGUGUGAGGGUAAAUACGUCUAGGAGUGUGAGGGUAAAUAAGUAUAAGAAUGUGAGGGUAAGUAGUCUAGGAGUGUGAGGGUAGGUAGUCUAGGAGUGUGAGGGUAAGUAGUCUAGGAGUGUGAGGCUAAAUAGUCUAGGAGUGUUAGGGUAAGUAGUCUAGGAGUGUGAGGCUAAAUAGUAUAGGAGUGUGAGGGUAAGUAGUCUAGGAGUGUGAGGGUGAAUAGUCUAGGAGUGUGAGGGUAAGUAGUCUAGGAGUGUGAGGCUAAAUAGUCUAGGAGUGUGAGGGUAAGUAGUCUAGGAGUGUGAGGGUGAAUAGUCUAGGAGUGUGAGGUAAGUAGUCUAGGAGUGUGAGGCUAAAUAGUCUAGGGGGAGGUGUGUAGGGUGUGGAAUAGUCUAGGAGUGUGAGGGUAAUAGUCUAAUGGAGGGUGAUAGUCUAGGAUGUGAGGGUUGUCUGUAUAUUCAGCUAAUGUCUACCGAGGUGGGUUAUAGUAUAAGCUGUCGGGGGUUUCUAGGUGUGAGGUAAGAGUCUGACGCUCAGUAAAUUAAGUCUAGAGUUGUUAUUCUAGGAGUUGGGGUGAAUAUCAUAAGCUAGGGUAGAGAAUGUGUGUCUAAAUAGUCUAGAGGGCUAUUAAGUAGUGGAGUGUGAGAAAGCAGGAUGCUGGGGUAAUGUUAGGGUGUAGGGUGUGUCGGAGGGACGGUAUAGUGCGAGUCUGGGUUGUUGGAUAUGCAUAUAUUCUGGAGUGAUGUGAUAUUAGGGGUGAUUGAGAACAUCUUGAUUUGUUUUUUCAAGGGGUUUCAUCAGUAGUAUAACGAGAGUCUCUCGCAACGCUCCAAUGAAAUGUAAGUGUUACAUUUUCUAUCUUUAGGGAUGUUGUUUACCCUCUCAUAAAGCCAAGGCUAAGAAUGUGUGUUUUAAUCAUUGAGGGCUUUAAGAGGAAUGGAGAGAAGCAGAGCGACUGCUGGGCAUCUUUAUGGGUUAGUGGUGUGGGCGGGCACAAUGCCAGUCUGGGUUGUUGACAUCAUUACUAUUGCUGGCAUCAUUUGUAUUUAGGGGUGGCACCUUGAGAACACUUCGAUUUGUUUUUCAGGAGGGGCCAAUUGGUGGGAAUAAAAAUGUGAUUAGGACUAGUAGUAGCUUUUCAGUUGUAUAGAUCAUGAACGAAACCAAAUAAAGUUUAAAUCAAUUGAUACGACCACCUAAACUGAAUUGAUUUGUGAUUGUUGUAAAGUUACUCCAGACUUCACAACAAACUCAUUUCAUCUGAGGGGUAUAUUACAAAGCAGUUUCAAGGAGUUAGCCAACUAACUUUGAUAAACAAGCAGAAAUAACUGUUUUUCUGGUUCAUUAAGAAAGCUAAAUGUACAUGUAUGUGUUUUUGGUUGUUGAGAAAAUUAGACCAAGCCCAUUUCAAGGAUGUGUAGGCAAAUUAGCUGGCUAACUCCUUGAUCGUGCUUUGUAGUAUAGGUUGAGGUGGUUGCACCAUAGUUACUCCAGAGACUUCUUAUUGGCUGAAUUAUGCCUGUGCAUCCCACCAAUCCCACCUUAAGGUUUUACUUGCUAUGAUGUGGUUGUUUUACCUCCCUAAGUUGAAUGCACUGGUUGUAAGUCAUUAUUGAUGGGAGCAUCUGCUAAAUGACCUUCUUAUUUCCUGUAGCUGGGCAAUGUCCUGCGCAGCCCCUUCAUGAAGUUUGUGACCCAUGCCUCCUCCUUCAUUAUCUUCCUGUGCCUGCUGUUGUUCAACGCAUCGGACCGCUUCGAGGGCAUCAGCACCAUGCCAAACGUGACCGUCACUGACCACCCCAUGCAGAUCUACCGGGUCAAGACCACUGAAUUCAGCUGGACUGAGAUCCUCAUCAUGGUCUGGGUCACAGGUGAGAGAGGAUUUAUUUGUUUAACAUGUUAAGGACAUUCAUCAGAGUCAUGUUUCAGGGUGCAAAAAGAUCACUUAAAUAUUUCACCCUCUGAAUGGCACACACACAAUCCAUGUCUCAAUUGUCUCAAAGCUUAAAAAUCAUUAUUUAACCUGUCUCCUCCCCUUCAUCUACACUGAUUGAAGUAGAUUUAACAAGUGACAUCAAUAAGGGAUCAUAGCUUUCUCCUGGAUUCACCUGGUCAGUCUAUGUGGAACAAGCUCCCCCACAAUGCCAGGACGCCAGGACAGCAGAGUCACUGACCACCUUCCGGAGACACUUGAAACCCUACCUCUUUAAGGAAUACCUGGAAUAGUAUAACAGUAAUACUUCUACCCCCCCCCCCCCCCCCCCUCCCCACCCCCCCAUAAAUAAUAAUAAUAAUAAUAAUAAUAAUAAUAAUAAUAAUAAUAAUAAUAAUAAUAAUAAUAAUAAUAAUAAUAAUAAUAAUAAAAAUACAAUCAUAAUAGGGUGGUUGUCCCACUGGCUAUCCUUAGUUGAAUGCACCAAUUUGUAAGUUGCUCUGGAUAAGAGCGUCUGCUAAAUUACCUAAAUGUAAAUGUCAUGGAAACAGCCGGUGUUCCUAAUGUUUUGUACACUCAGUGUAUAUUUCCCAGGUAUCCCUUGAAAGCAGUGCCAAGUGUUACUGAGUGGACUAUCCUGGUUAGAUUCAAGUGUUACUGAGUGGACUAUCCUGGUUAGAUUCACAUUAAAUGAAACAUAUAUUGUUUUAUGUACUGUGCUCUAUUUAGAACAGUAAUCUCUUUUCAAUGUGCUCUGAAGGACCUAGCAUUUAAAAAACAGCAGCUGUAUGGAACAAUGGUCAGGAGAUUAUCUUGGCCUUUUCACAAUUAUACUGAUAUACAGUAUAUGGUAUAGUUAUAGACAGUAAUGAGCUUUUUAAAAUAAAAAGUUUCCAUAGCUUCCCUGGUCAGUUUUACUUAAUGCUUAGCAGCCAGACUGACCUAAACUGGAACGAGCAGUUGACAGUGCGUACUUGCGAGUGAGAGAAUCAGGUAACUCUCUGGGGAGGGGGAAAUCUGAUGAGAUUUUGGUGAGGAGCAGUCUUCAGUCCUCCUGCUGCUCCUGCAAGAUUGAAAUACUAAUUACGGUGACACAUCUGUAAAUUGACCCUCUCCUUCCUCUCCUCUACACAGCAGUCUCCAUUCUGUCCUCAGCAUGGGGAGGUUUCCAGGGUUGUGUUCAUUUGGCAUCAAAUGGAAGAAAAUGGACUGAUACAGGGAGGAACUACAAAACAUAAAAAAAUUGGUUUCCGUUGCAUUCCCUAAUGAACACGAUCUUCAUAUCGAGCCUGGUCGAGUUUGACGCCAUUGCAGAUGCAUCCCGUUUGGUCGGAUAGGGCAGAAACCAGACUGGUGAUUGGCCAGUAGAGGGAGCCACCCACAUUUUGGGAGGUUAUAUAUACUGGGGGGAAAAACGACGGAGGGGCAGAAAGCAUUGAGAUUCAUUUGGGACUGCUUCUCCGGACUUCGCGUGUCUGUACCUUAUGCUGUAACCUCGUGAUUUUUAAUAAAAGCCUUUGAACACGGUGCAGCUUAAGCAGACUCUUUGGUUGGCAGCAAUAGCCACCAGCAGCCGACGCGACACGACACCAGGAAGUGAUUAUAAUGAGUCACUACCGGCCUUUUGACAUGACCCAAGAGGUCCUCUGACCUUCAUUCACCAAACAACUAAAUGCAGGAUCAAAGGUCUCUAAGGAGGGAACAUUUCAUCAAUUUUCUCUCCCCCUUUGACAGAUUGAGUUAACGAAUCGAUGCAGUGACUAUAACUAUGUUCCAUCUUCUGAAUUUUUAAAAGCUAUAUUUUUUUGUUUAAAUGUUUUUUUAAAUCUUAUUUGUUUGGUGUUUUUUUUGGGGUGUAGAUCAGCUUUAAUAUUGCAGAUAGAUUGUAACUUCCAACAAUGUAAUUGUCAGCAUACUUCCAAUCCCCCAUAUGUUUUUUCUUCUCGCAAAUAUAUAUAUAUAUAUAUAUAUAUAUAUAUAUAUAUAUAUAUAUAUAUAUACACAUAUACAUACAUACACGUACAUAUACACAUACAUACAUAUAAAUACAUAUACAUAUCCUUUAAAAAAAUAUAUUUCCCUUUAUUACUUUCCAACCCCACAACCCCUUCCCUAAUUGGAGUAAACUAGUGAACAACAACGCUUAGGCCUCUACUUCCAGCUUAUACAUACUAAAUACAUUUUAUGGACACAGUCAAUUUUACAAUAAUUGUAUUUUGUUUGUUUUUACUCCUGAACUUCCUCUACCCUCAACCUCUCCGAUCAUUUUCAUGAUGUCCAUCCGGUUUGCUUCUACAGUUGAAGUCGGAAGUUUACAUACACCUUAGCCAAAUACAUUUAAACUCAGUUUUUCACAAUUCCUGACAUUUAAUCCUAGUAAGAAUUCCCUGUCUUAGGUCAGUUAGGAUCACCACUUUAUUUAAAAAAUUUGAAAUGUCAGAAUAAUAGUAGAGAAUGAUUUAUUUCAGCUUUUAUUUCUUUCAUCACGUUCCCAGUGGGUCAGAAGUUUACAUACACGCAAUUAGUAUUUGGUAGCAUUGCCUUUAAAUUGUUUAACUUGGGUCAAACAUUUCGGAUAGCCUUCCACAAGCUUCCCACAAUAAGUUGGGUGAAUUUUGGCCCAUUCCUCCUGAUAGAGCUGGUUUAACUGAGUCAGGUUUGUAGGCCUCCUUGCUCGCACACGCUUUUUCAGUUCUGCCCACACAUUUUCUAUAGGAUUGAGGUCAGGGCUUUGUGAUGGCCACUCCAAUACCUUGACUUUGUUGUCCUGAAGCCAUUUUGCUACAACUUUGGAAGUAUGCUUGGGGUCGUUGUCCAUUUGGAAGACCCAUUUGCGACCAAGCUUUAACUUCCUGACUGAUGUCUUGAGAUGUUGCUUCAAUAUAUUCACAUAAUUUUCCUUCCACAUGAUGCCAUCUAUUUUGUGAAGUGCACCAGUCCCUCCUGCAGCAAAGCACCCCCACAGCAUGAUGCUGCCAUCCCCUUUGCUGUUGUUCUGGGAUUGAUUUGCACUUUUCGCACCAAAGUACGUUCAUCUCUAGGAGAUAGAACGCGUCUCCUUCCUGAGCGGUAUGACGGCUGCGUGGUCCCAUGGUGUUUGUACUUGCGUAAUAUUGUUUGUACAGAUGAACGUGGUACCUUCAGGCGUUUGGAAAUUGCUCCCAAGGAUGAACCAGACUUGUGGAGGUCUACAAAAAAUGUUCUGAGUUAUUGGCUGAUUUAUUUUGAUUUUCCCAUGAUGUCAAGCCAAGAGGCACUGAGUUUGAAGAUAGGCCUUGAAAUACAUCCACAGGUACACCUCCAAUUGACUCAAAUUAUGUCAAUUAGCCUAUCAGAAGCUUCGAAAGCCAUGACAUCAUUUUCUGGAAUUUUCCAAGCUGUUUAAAGGCACAGUCAACUUAGUGUAUGUAAACUUCUGACCCACUGGAAUUGUGAUACAGUGAAUUAUAAGUGAAAUAAUCUGUCUGUAAACAAUUGUUGGAAAAAUUACUUGUGUCAUGCACAAAAUAGAUGUCCUUACCAACUUGCCUAAACUAUAGUUUGUUAACAAGAAAUGUUUAGAGUGGUUGAAAAACGAGUUUUAAUGACUCCAACCUAAGUGUACGUAAACUUUCGAUUUCAACUGUAUAUGCCAUAUCUUUCUAACUGUGCUCUUUCACAAAAUACUAUGACUUUUCAGAUCACCCAGUAGUGCUAUCUGCAGGGUUAGCUCCAGGUAAAUAUUGCAAUCCUUCAGCCAUUCCUGGACCUGUGUCCAAAAACAAGCUACAAAUGGACAGUACCAAAACAAAUGAUCUAAUGAUUCUGUCUCUUCGCAGCAAAAUCUGCAGAGCUGGGAAGAUUGUAUCUCCCAAAUAAAUAACAUUCUAUUGGUAGCAAGAAUUUUGUAUAAUAAUUUCAAUUGAAAAAUUAUACGUUUUGAAUCCAGUGUCGUUUUGCAUAUCAGUUCAUAAACACUAUGCCAUGGAAUCGGUACGUCAAAAAUCUCUUCCCAACUAUUUUGCAAUCUAUAUGGGACGGCUGUCAAUCCUUUGGUCCUUAAAUGAAACUGGUAUACUUUUUUAUUUAUCACAAUUUUCUUUAACCAAUUAUGUUCUUUAAUGCAGGGCCGACAGACAAGUUCUUACUUUUUCCUCCUUCCACUUUCCUCUUCCAUUUUUGCGGUAAUGCUACAAUUAUUUGGUUGUAAUUUUGGGUAGAGCAGACAUUUCCAUAUGUUUUUGUUAGCUGCAUGUGUGACAUAACUCCACCAGUCCUACCUAUGAUAUCAUUUACGAUUAUACCUUUUUUAAACAAUACCUUUUUUUUAUCAAUUAGUAUAUUUGAGUUUAACCACAAUAUUUGUUGCAUUAUUUGUUCUGUCAUUUCUGGAGGAUUAAAUUGAAAUUGCAACCAACUUUCUAUGGCUUGUUUUAGAAAUAGUGAUAUUUGGGAGAUUAUUUCCUUUUCAAAUAACUGAAAGUGAGAGGUUGUAAUCUGAAUAAAGGGAAAAAGGCCAUUCUUGAACAUGGGGUGAGACAAUCUUCCUAAUUUUCUAGAGAACCAGUUCGGAUUUAAGUAUAACUUUUGUAUGACUGAAGCUUUUAGUGAUAGGUCUAAUGCUUUAAUAUUUAAUCAUUUCUGUCUUCCGAAUUCAUAUUCAUUAUAUAAAUAGGUCCAUUAAUUUUGUCUGGCUUGCCAUUCCAAAUAAAAUGGAAUAUUCUUUCUCAUAUAUUUUAAAAAACUGUUCGCUAGGCGUAGGCAAGACCAUAAGCAAAUAGGUAAACUGGGAUAAUACUAAAGAGUUAAUCAGGGGGAUUUUUCCACAAAUAGACAGGUAUUUACCUUUCCAUGGUAGCAAGAUCUUAUCUAUUUUUGCUAACUUUCUAUUAACAUUUAUUGGAGUGAGAUCAUUUAUUUCAUUUGGGAUAUGUAUUCCGAGUAUAUCCACAUCACCAUCAGACCAUUUUAUUGGUAAACUACAUGAUAAUGUAAAGAUUGUGUUUUUUAGUGAUGCAAUACGUAAUAUAGUACAUUUAUCAUAAUUUGGUUGUAAUCCAGAGAGGUUAGAAAAUGUAUCUAGAUCCUCUAUGAGGUUGUGGAUUUAAAAGAAAACAUGAAUCAUCAGCGUACAAUGACACCUUUGUUUUUAAGCCCUGAUAUGAUUGCUGGAUCUGAUUUUAAUAGCUAACAUUUCGAUGGCCAUAAUAAAUAGAUAUGCCGAUAGUGGACAACCCCGUUUUACUCCUCUUGACAGUUUAAAACUAUCUGAGAAAUAGCCAUUAUUUACUAUUUUACACCUAGGGUUUACUAUACAUGAUUUUAACCCAUUUUAUAAGAGAUUCUCCAAAAUUGAAAUGCUCCAGGCAUUUAUAUAUAAACUCCAGUCGUACUUUAUCAAAUGCCUUUUCAAAGUCUGCUAUGUGUAGCAGGCCUGGUUUCCCAGAUUUUUCAUAGUGUUCUAUUGUUUCCAGUACUUGCCUUACAUUAUCUCCAAUGUAUCGUCCAUGUAAAAACUUGUCUGAUAAGAAUUAAUAAUGUUUGGCAAUACCUUUUGAAUUCUAUGCGCCAUACAUUUUGCUAGAAUCUUUGGAUCACAACACUGAAGUGUAAGGGGCCUCCAAUUUUUUUUAUGGAUUUAGAUCUUUAUAUUUCCCACUUGUAUCCUGUUUCAGUAAUAAUGAAAUCAGACCUUCUUCUUGAGUGUCUGAUAAUCUACCAUUUACAUAGGAGUGGUUAAAACAUGCUAAUAACGGUCCUCUGAGUAUAUCAAAAAAGGUUUGGUAUACCUCGACUGGUAUGCCAUCCAACCCUGGAGUUUUCCCGGACUUAAAGUCUUUAAUUGCAUCCAGAAGUUCCUCCUCUGUAAUUUCACCUUCACAUGAGUCAAUAGAAAAAAAUCCCUACAAUUAGCUUCAGUUAGAGGAGAUGGAGGCAACUGAAAUGAAAACAUAUGCUUAAAGUACUUUGCUUCCUCCUUCAAAAUAUAAUUUGGUGAAUCAUGGGUGACUCCGUCAUUUGUAACCAGUUGUAGUACAUUCUUUUUAUUAGCAUUUCUAUGUUGAAGAUUUAAAAAUAAUUUGGUGUAUUUUUCGAGUUUGCUUUAUCUUUAUAAUAUAUUACACUUGAUCUUUCUUGAAUACGUUUAUUUUUGUUUUUCCUCAAAAUUUAUUCUGAGCCUCUAUGUUACAGUUUUUAUUGCUAUCUAUCUGUUAUGUUAGACCUUCUAUUUCCUUUGUUAGUAUGGACUCUUUUGACCUAAAUUGCUUUUGUUUUUGAGAUGAGUACUGAACUGCAUGGCAUCCAAAGGCACAUUUAAAAGUGUCCCAAACAAUAAGGGGAUUUUCUGUACCUAUGUUAUGUUGGAAAAAAUCAGUUAUAAAUUCCUCUGUCCUAGUUAAAAACAAGUUAUCAUCCAAUAGGCUUUGAUUUAAUUUACAAUAUACUCGCCCACGUGGAAAUUCAUUAAGAGUAAUGUAUAUGCCAAUUAUAUGAUGGUCCGACCGCAUUCUGUCCCCUAUCAACACUUUUUAAACUUUUGGUGCCAAUGAGAAUGACAUAAGAAAGAAGUCAAGACAACUAGCUUGAUUGAGUCUCCGCCAUGUAUAUCUGACUAGGUCAGGAUAUUUAAUCCUCCAUAUAUCUACUAGUUCUAAUGUAUCCAUGACAUUCAUGAUUUCCUUAAGAGCAUGAGGGUGAUAAUUUGUAAUGUGAUUUCCUUUACGGUCCAUUGAGCUAUUUAAAACUGUAUUAUAAUCUCCCACCAUAAUAAUAGAGUCUUGUAUUGCUUGCAGGGUUGAUAAUUUAUUAUAUAUAUUGUCAAAGUGUGGAUCAUCAUUAUUUGAUCUGUAAAGGUUAAUGAACAUAUCUGUUUAUGGUCCAAUAACAUAUUUAAAAUCAUCCAUCUACCUUGCGGAUCUGUUUGGACAAUUUGUACAUUUGGAUCAAAAUUACUGUUAAUUAAUAUCAUCACCCCUUUAGAGUUUCUUUGCCCAUGGGAGAAGUAUAUUCCCUCCAAUUGUUCUCCACUAUUCCCCCUGCUAAAGCCCCUCCCCAUCCCAAGUUGGGUUGUCAUCCCAGCGAUCGGCAUACCACCCCCGUCCCCCCAGAUACCUAGGCCCCCCGAGAGGCCAGGACCCAUCCUUCGAAAACAGCACACAGUGCCACCCACAAAACAGAAGCAGGUCAACCGCCAAAAGCAUUUCCAAUGCUCUCAGCUCAAUAUAUAUAUAUAGCUAUUAAAAAUAUAUAUCUAUUCAAAUAUCUUGCAUAUCUUAAUUUCCAUCAUUAUCAAUUAAUAUGCGUAAUACUGUCGGCAGUUCAUGCGAAGGAUUGUUACCUAUAACCCGGAUUGCCAUUGUAUUACAUUACAUUUUUGUCAAUCAAUUAUUAUUUUAGCAAACAAUUAUUGUGGUUCAUCCUAUAUUCUCCCUAACAUCCUUACCCCCUAGCAACAGAUGUGGGAUACACACACACACACGCACAUACUCUAACACACUCAACCCCUUUCCUCCACAAUCAACCAUAAGCUCAGAUGCUCAACGGUUGUUACAUCCCAGAGCCCAACUCAAGAAUGGACCUGAUUUACGAAUGCAUAUACAGUUACAGCUGUUUGAGAAAGCAUGCAAGAUUGAGCAAAAAUUGACAAAAAUUUGAGAUUUAAUUAACCUAUUUCAAGUGCUAGGUGAUGGAGAUCAGAUCCACCCUCUUCCCCUGAGACACAAACACUCUGGUCCCCCGUUGUAACCAUUUUUCCCAAGCAUCUCCGUGCAGUCAGACCUUUGAUUAUUUUGUGCCACCAGGGCCUAAAUAAUAUGCCCCCUCUCUGAUUGUCAGAGUGUGACCCCCUCCCCAUGAGUUACUGCAGCCAGUGUUGCCAGCACUGCCACUACCUGGGUGGGGGGUACCCCACCGGAAUCCCCAUCGGCUAGGUACAAGGUCGUCAAGGUUCUCAUUAGAAGUUUUGAGAAUUUCCCUGUAUAUUAUGGUCUCCCAUCAGGGGGCUCUGGCUUUGUAGGACCAACCCUGCCAGGCAGCUAUGUUAGAGGUUUUAAUCUGUAGUGAUUCAAUGAAUGGCUUCAAAGGAACAGCUAGAUUCAGACAGUUGAUUUAAUAAACAAACUAACCAAUUUUCAGGCCCUGAAGGUGGUUCCAUUAGAUAGACAUUAGGUGGUUACUAAAUCAACACACUUCAGUCUCACUAUUGCCAGCCGAUUCAAUGACACUGUGGUCAUGUUCAUUAGGGCACGACAUAGCAAAUUUUUUUGCAACAGAAAACGAAAACGAGUGUUUCUCAGACUGUCCCUCCUCGUUUCAGACCGUUUUCUUUUGUUUCGUACCUAGUAAACACAACCCAUGUCCUCUUGUUGCUGUUUGCUCUGCAGGGAUGUUUCUCUCAGUUUCAGAACAUUUUAAUCUGUUUGGUGCCUAAUGAACACAACCCACGUCUUUGUUGCCUUUUACAGGGAUGAUGUGGUCUGAGUGUAAGGAGCUGUGGACCGAGGGGCCAAGGGAAUACAUCCAGCAGCUGUGGAACGUUCUGGACUUCGGCAUGCUCUCAAUCUUCAUCGCCGCUUUCACCGCCCGGUUCUUCGCCUUCCUCCAAGCCACCAGAGCCCAGCAGUAUGUCAACGAAAAGGUCCACGCUACUGAUCUCUCCCUAGUGACCCUACCCCCGGAGGUCAAAUACUUCACCUACGGUGAGAGAAGAGCUUCUGUAUUGAUUAUGUUCCUCAUGUCAGGAUGCAGAAUGAAUACACCCAUGACACAGUUAAGACAAGUAGGCAUCUUCCACACAUCUACAAAUACCACCACAAACUCAUUAUACCUAUCCACAUGGCCUGCAAGACGUGUAACGGUGUUAUCAAUGAUUAUGCUUAAGGCAAUACUACAGGCGCGCUAAUCUCAAGAAUCAUUAGAGAAUUAACGCAGGUCUAUCACCAAUCAUACUAAGCUCUAAUUAUCUAAUGGUGCACGGUGACACAUUUAAGUGCAACAUUAUAAAUCUGGUACACUGUACACACUCUAGUAUAUCGUUAGAACAUGCAAAAGGUCAACAAAAGGCCGGCAUUUAAAAUCACAUAAAUGCCUGUUUUUAAUUUGACAUAGAGAGCAUAAGUGGUAUGCAAAUAGUAGUAUUUUAUAGUCCUGUUUCAUUUAGUUUUACCUGAUAUUUACUGAGAAAUUAGGAGGUUUAUUGGUGCUUGUGUUGAUGAAUCCCAAAGAAACAAAAUACAAAUUUUAGGGGAAUUAUUAUGUAAUGACCAUUUACUGUGUUAUUUCAAAGCCUGCGAAGACCUAGUUAGUCUGUAAAACAAAGUGUAACCCAACCAUUGUGUAGAACAAUCAUAUAGCGCCAUGCAUUAAACACAUUGUACAUGUUGCUGUGAGUGAUAUGAAAACAACUGAGUGUUACACCUUCCUCCACGUAGCGAGGGACAAAUGGCUGCCAUCAGACCCCCAGCUGAUCUCAGAAGGACUAUACGCCAUCGCCGUGGUGCUGAGCUUCACACACAUCGCUUACAUCCUGCCGGCUAACGAGAGCUUCGGACCGCUCCAGAUCUCCCCUGGGCCGCACUGUCAAAGACAUCUUCAAGUUCAUGGUCCUGUUCAUCAUGGUCUUCCUGGCGUUCAUGAUCGGCAUGUUUAUCCUCUAUUCCUACUACUUGGGUGCGAAGGUCAACCCGGCAUUCACCACGUGAGUGAUUAUAGCAGACACUGUGACCACUUGAGGACACUUAUUAGAACAGACAUAUGGGGAGACACUUAUGGGGACAGUCUCAUUCAACUUGUGUAAGAGAAUGUUAAUUGAUGAGAUCUGGAGUCAGUAACAGGAACUGCUUCGUACACAGUCAGUAGGGAGGCUUUGUACACAUUCAACCUUACUGUUUUGUCCCCAAAGCCCCUGAAUUGAAUACACUCCUAAAAUAUGAGAAUACGAUUGAUACACAUCUACUGCCAUGAACCUAUCUACAUAAAACAUUUAAAAGUUCUCCAUUCAUGUAGGGAGCUCUUUUCUUCCUCUGAGUCCAAUCAAGCAGUGCUAGCCCAUUCAGUCUAUCAACUCAGUCAGUAUAGUGCAGUAUGAAGUAGGAAAUGGCCCACCUUGGACUCCAUUUCUAAGAGUGCCUCAAAACGGAAUUGUGACAGCUCAGAAAAAAUGGCUUAUUUCACAAUGGAGUGGAUUCCCUCCAAGGUUACUCUUUCCAAACGUGAGAAAAUGAAAUCCUUCCCAUUGUUAUGGUUAUUCUUUUCCUCAAUUGUCCAUAUUGUAUUUUAUUAGCCAAGUUGGCUUGGCAUAAAUGGAACACACACUUACAAAUGGAACACACACUCACAUAUCUAACAUUGCCAAGAUUCCCAAUGGUCAUUUCUGACCUUAACAAGGACAUCAGUGGAAUUCGUAUAACACAAACUAUCAAAUACAGUGACAUCACCUGAAAAAAUAAGAAUAAUUUCAUGGCCACAAUUCCCAUGAAGCUAUCCUUCAAUCUUGUUGUUCAUUUUCCUCAAAGUCACUUUGGCAACCAGAAUACUAUAUCCCAGGAUGAUGCCUCACUUUAGUAUCAAGCAAGACAUGCUAAGAUAUUUGCUUCAUUCCCCACACAUCAUAUAGCUACAUGUCUCCCCUUAUAAGUUAGGCUACACAUGAAGUGACUUCAUAAUCACAUCACUUUAUUUAAAGUAGCACUUUGUUAUCGCCUGUCACUUGGGCCAAAGCCAAAUGUAGUUUGUGGUCUCACUAGGGCACAGCCACAAACUAGAAACCCUUAGAUCUAAUCAGUCUGUUCUGUGACAUUCCGCUUCCUUCCUUGUCACCACAGGGUGGAGGAGAGCUUCAAGACUCUGUUCUGGUCUAUAUUUGGGCUGUCUGAGGUGUCUUCCGUGGUGCUCAAGUACAACCACAAGUUCAUCGAGAACAUCGGCUAUGUGCUCUACGGAAUCUACAACGUGACCAUGGUGGUGGUGUUGCUCAACAUGCUGAUCGCCAUGAUCAACAGCUCCUAUCAAGAGAUCGAGGUGAGUCACUGGUGUAGGGUGAAGUUACCCCAGCCUAGACCUUAUCUUGGGUCAGUUUAGCAUUUUCCCCACUUAAUGGUUAGGAUUGGGGGAGGGGAAGCAGAUCCUAGAUCUAUACCUAGGGGAAAACUUCAACCUGGGGGUGUGUUAGUGGCAUCUGUACACCUACCAUUUCAUUUGGAUAUAAUUAUAGGGAUAGUGUAUUUUGGGGUAAUCUGUUUGUUUUUGCUGUGGUUUUUCUAUAAUGCUGUAUGUAGCACAGUAUGCCCUAAGCACCUAUGCUCUGUUGUCUCUAACUGUGAAACAUCAGGGGGCCGGCUAUGAAUAGCUCUGAAAUCAAUCAUUUCAAGAUUAUCCUUGUUAUGGGAAUAUUUUUUGCUAUUUCCUACUUGCCUCAUAUGACCACAGUACAGCCGUGCUAAAGCCACAAUGAAUCACCCCCCCCCCCCCCCCCCUCAUGUAUUAUUGUUUUAAUCAAUUAUUUGGAGAUGAUCCAUGUUAUGUGUUGUGAGAAUUUCCUUUGGUAAUCCGCAACACAAGCUACAAGAGGUGACAUGAGGCCUCUGCUGUAAUUUCCUAUCAGAGAUAACAAUAGCUUGUGACUUUUCGAUGGCAGUAUUAGGCUAAUACUGUUGUCUCUCAUAGAUUAGACCUACAGCAAAUGAAGUAUUUGUAUUUGUAUUUAUUAUGGAUCCCCAUUAGCAGCAGCUACUCUUCCUGGGGUCUGGCAAAAUUAAGGCAGUUAUAAAAUUGUAAAAACAUUACAAUAAAUUCAUAACAUCCAAUGAGAGAGACAGAAGUGACCAGGUUAUCAUUAGUUCAAAUAGGUUUCUGAUAAUGGUGUUUGUAACACUUACUGAGCUAGCCUCACUAAGUCAAUCUCUUGACUUCCAGGGGGUGUUCACUCAGAGAGUGAAAUAACUCUGUUUAUCUCUCAGGAUGACGCGGACGUGGAGUGGAAGUUUGCACGCUCCAAACUGUGGCUGUCCUACUUUGACAACGGCAAGACGCUGCCUCCUCCCUUCAGCAUCGUUCCCACUCCCAAGUCCUUCUACCACCUCAUUAGGUGGAUAGUUGGCAUGCUGCAUUGCCGACGACGGAGCCUGAAGAAGGACGUCGAGCUGGGGAUGGACAGUUCGAAGUCCAGG